AUGCCUUUGCAGCAGCUCCCACCUGAAUUAGUCGAGCAUGUACUUUCAUAUCUCGACCUGGAGUCCUUGGGAGACGCCGCUCUUUCUUGUCCUUUCCUGUUUGAUGCCUUCAAGCAGGGCGAGUCACUACUCACCAAGAGGCGCCUCUUCGAGCAAACCCACCAUAUCCAAGUGGACAUCUUGGGUACACCGUCAAUAGACAAGGGACUCGACAUUAUACCCGAGGGAGCGGGGCCAGAUGAUGCAGAGCUAUGUCGCACUGAGCGAGCCCUCUAUCGUUUCCAGCUGUACUGCAACAUCGUCGGUUCUAUGGACCUAGUUUUAGGGAAAACACUGGUGCCGAUGUUCUUUGACCACUUCGCUAUCUUUCAAUCGCUUGUUGUUCGCGACAUAGCCUGGGGCUUUCUACGUGUUCCGUACAUCGAGUCCUACUCUUCGCCUUACGCGAAGGCUAUUGUCUUAAACGGCUUAGAAAAGAUAUAUGACCUAUCCCUGGUCUCGAACUACGAGCAACUGCGAUUUUUGUUAAGUCGCGGUGACGACGCUGGCCACGCACCCUUGCAGUUGUCUUCCUUCCUCCCGCUCGAAUUUGGUGUCUACAGAUCGAUUUCACGGUCGGUGAAAGUGUCAGAUAUGACCGAAGAGGAGCGAGAGACCAUUCUUUAA